CAGUAGCAGUCAACAGUUAUUCCUCUUCCUAUAUAAGGUGAGCAGCAAACCAAAGUUGAUAACCCACCAACUUGUUAUCUCACACACUUUAGUACUGAUAUACCAUCUUAGGUGUUUUAUAGCCAAAAAUAUGGAUAAGAUAAAAAGAGCAGAAGAAUCAGUAGAAAUUGAUGAGCAAAAAUGGGUUUAUGAUUCCUCUGUAGAUCAUAAAGGAAGAGUUCCUCUCAGGGGUUCAACUGGUGUCUGGAAAGCCUCCCUCUUCAUUAUCGUAAUUGAAUUCAGUGAGAGGCUGAGUUACUUUGGAUUAGCCACAAGUUUGAUCAUAUACCUAACAAAGGUCAUCCAUCAAGACCUCAAAACAGCAGCAAAAAGUGUCAAUUACUGGGCCGGUGUCACCACUUUGAUGCCAUUGCUUGGAGGAUUUCUUGCUGAUGCAUUCUUGGGAAGAUUCUCCACAGUUCUUGUCUCUUCCACUGUCUACUUGCUGGGCUUGCUUCUCUUGACAAUGUCUAGAGUGGUCCCGAGUUUCAAACCUUGUGACACUGACCUCUGUAACGAACCAAGGAAGAUCCACGAAGCGAUUUUCUUCCUUGCGAUCUACUUAAUCUCAAUUGGAACCGGAGGGCACAAGCCUUCUCUAGAGAGCUUUGGUGCUGAUCAGUUUGAUGAUGACUAUCCCGAAGAAAGAAAGAAGAAAAUGUCCUUUUUCAACUGGUGGAAUUUCGGGCUCUGUUGUGGGCUAUUACUUGGUGUUACUCUAGUUGUUUAUGUACAAGACCAAGUUAGUUGGGCUAUGGCUGAUUUGAUCCUCACAUUAGUUAUGCUUUCUAGUUUAGUGAUCUUUGUUGCAGGGAGACCAUUCUAUCGUUAUAGAAAAGCAACUGGAAGUCCCUUAACACCAAUGCUGCAAGUGUUUGUUGCUGCAAUUAGAAAAAGAAAUCUUCUUUUUCCUGCCAAUCCUUCUCAUCUACAUGAAGUUCCAAAAUCAGAAACUAGCAGAAUGAGGCUUUUGUGUCACACCGAAAAGCUCAAGUUCCUCGAUAAAGCUGCAAUUCUUGAUGGCACACAAGAUUCAAUAGUACAGCAGCAGAAUCCAUGGAGACUUGCAACUGUGACUAAAGUGGAAGAACUGAAGUUAAUUAUCAACAUGAUUCCCAUUUGGCUAACAACUAUACCAUUUGGUAUCUGUGUAGCACAAGCCGCGACAUUUUUCAUCAAACAAGGCGUGACACUGGACCGAAAGAUUGUUCACAAUUUUGAAAUCCCCCCUGCAUCAAUUUUCGCCUUAGCAGCCGUUGGCAUGAUAAUAUCUGUCAGUAUCUACGACAAAAUCCUAGUACCUGUCCUAAGACGGGCAACAGGAAACGAGAGAGGGAUUAGUAUUCUACAAAGGAUCGGUAUUGGGAUGAUUUUCUCUGUUUCUACUAUGAUCGUUGCAGCCUUGGUCGAAAGAAAAAGACUUAAUCUUGUUCACAAAAAUCCACUCGAAGGCUCGAGUUCAAUGAGCGUGUUUUGGCUGGCCCCGCAGUUCCUUAUAAUUGGAAUAGGAGAUGGAUUUACCUUAGUGGGAUUACAAGAAUACUUCUAUGACCAAGUGCCUGAUUCAAUGAGAAGUUUAGGCAUUGCAUUUUACCUAAGUGUAAUUGGUGCUGCAAAUUUUGUUAGCAGCCUCUUGAUAACUAUUGUGGAUCAUAUCACAGAGAAGAAUGGGAAGAGUUGGUUUGGGAAGGAUCUGAAUAGUAGCCGGCUCGACUAUUUCUACUGGUUGUUGGCUAUCAUCACAGCAGUGAAUUUGUGUGUCUAUGUUAUUGUUGCGAGGAAGUAUUCGUACAAGAAUGUUCACUGUAAGGCAACUAUAUCUGUGGCUGAUUGCGACGAUGGGGAUGAUCGCGUCGCGAUGGCUUAGUAUAUAUAAAUAUGUAUAACUCUAUUAAGUUUUCUUUUUAGCAUGCUGCUGAAAUAAUAAUAUCAGUGUAUUAAAAACAAAAUAUUCCUCUUGA